GUGGUGGUGGUCCAUUCCAUCACAGCCAAUUCAUGUCAUCUGCCGUUAAACAUUCCGUCGCCUCUGCCAACGUUGCCGCCUCAUUUUUGCCUCCGCCCCUGUAUGCACCGCUGACAUCGUCACAGUCGACCACCAAAUUAUCGCAUCGCGACGAUUUCUUGCAACAAAUUGGCUAUUUGCCAACCACACGGAUUUAUAGCACUCCAUCCAGUCUGGUGGAUGAGGAUAAGGCACAGCAGGAUUUUUUGUCGUUAUCCUUGUCGCCGCCAUUAAAUCGACGUCGUGAUAUGCCAGCAUUGCGUGGACCAUAUGUUAGUUUAUCUGAACCACGUGGUACUUUAAGCACCACCGAUGAAAUAUUUCCCGAUUCACCCGACAGCAGUCUAUAUGGAUCGGAUGAGGAGCAGGAAGAUGCUGCCCAAUAUUGUCGUGGUGGCUAUCAUCCGGUGGUUAUCGGUGAUAUAUUUGAUAAUCGGUUUCGAGUUGUACGCAAACUGGGCUGGGGACACUUUUCCACGGUGUGGCUAUGUCGAGAUCUCAAAGAAGAAAAAUACGUCGCCCUGAAAGUGGUGAAAAGUGCUCCCCACUAUAUUGAGACUGCAGCUGAUGAGAUACGCCUCUUGGAGGCUAUACGUGAUGCUGAUCCCUUGGAUGUGAAACGUGAACGUAUCGUACGUUUGCUCAAUCAUUUUACGGUGCGCGGUGUUAAUGGCGUUCACACAUGUUUGGUAUUCGAGGCAUUGGGUUGUAGCCUUUAUAAAUUGAUUGUUAAGAACAAUUAUCAGGGUUUGGCUUUAGCCCAGGUGCGUAAUAUUAUCAAGCAGGUGCUGGAGGGUUUGGACUAUUUGCACAGUAAAUGUAAUAUCAUACAUACGGACAUAAAGCCGGAAAAUAUUCUACUGGUCAUCGAUAAUGCGGCAGCUAUGAAUCAACAAAUCGAUGAUGAAAUAACCAGUUUGCGGAUAAAGGGUGUCGAUUUUCCCGAUUCGUAUAUAAGUUCAAUAGAAAAACAAACGAAAACGCGGGCCAAAUGGCCAUUACAGAACAUCGAAAUGAAUGCAGCCAAUCUAACCAAUACAAAUACAGCUAAUAAUUCUGCCUCAUCGACACCGCUGCCACCGCCGUUGGGUGUGGCGGGUAAUAAUUUGAGUGGCGACAAAGAGGAUACCUCCUCCAUUGCUUCAAAAUACUCCAGUCUAAUGGGUGAUAGCGCCAGUAAUGCCAGUAAUUCAUCGACCACUGGAAAUAUAAAUAAUCGUUUUAGAGCUGAAAAGAAAAUCACUGCCAAGCCUCUAAACCGAAGCCAAUCAAGUCGUACACAAUCCUAUACGAAUGCCAUACAAUCGCUGAUCAACAAUACGAAUGUGCGAGUGAAAAUUGCCGAUUUGGGCAAUGCAUGCUAUGAGUAUCAUCAUUUCACCGAAGACAUCCAGACACGACAAUAUCGUUCAAUUGAAGUCCUUUUGGGUGCCCCCUAUAAUUACACGGCCGAUAUCUGGAGUACUGCAUGUUUGGCAUUUGAAUUGGCCACAGGAGAUUAUCUCUUCGAUCCGCAUGCUGGGGAAACAUAUUCCAGAGAUGAAGACCAUCUGGCCCAUAUUGUAGAGCUGUUGGGCACAAUACCACCGUCGGUAAUAUUUCGCGGCAAACAUGGUGUUAAAUAUUUUACAAGUUAUGGAAGUCUACGAAAUAUCACAAAACUAAAACCAUGGAGUCUGAUAAAUGUUCUAAUUGAAAAAUACGAUUGGGAUCCGAUUGAAGCGAAAAAAUUCUCCGAUUUCCUGUUGCCAAUGUUGGAAUAUAAUCCCGUCAUUCGGGCAUCGGCAGCUGAAUGUUUAAAUCAUCCAUGGCUGGAGGAGAAAGAAGAAUUUGUUUGA